UCCGCCACGUUUCGCUGGUGCAUGGCGCAUGCACGAUUGUUUAAAAAAGAAACUUUGUUUUGUUCGUAGCGUUUCUUACAAAUUUGAUGAUUGUGCCACCACACUUUAUUUGAGACAAGGUAUAUUUUGUUGUCUUUCGUCAUUUUUGUGUUCCAUCAGAUGGACACAGGGAGGAACUUGCCGCGGUACGCGAGAUGCUCGUGAUGGGUCGAUCACUAGAUUGAGGCGAUGCUUUCCCAAGCAGUGCCUGUCACAGAAGAAUGUGACAGUGAUAAGUGCGAAUUCCUAUCAGGUCCCGUGGCGUCGCAUUGCCAGGAUCAGUCCCAACCGCACACCAUGGGAGGACAACGGUUGAGAGUCGAAACUCUGGUCUUUUUUGACUUGGAGUCAACCGGGCUUCCGUCUUUCAUCCCCAAGCGUCAAGUCAACAUCACGGAGGUCGGCAUGGUAGCCAUCAGGAGGGACAAUUUCAUGUCACCUCUGAGGUACCUCAACAAGAUGACUUUGUGCGUUCGGCCACGGUACUCAAUAUCCGAUGGGGCUUCCCGGCUUUCAGGUCUUUACAACGAGGAACUGGAGCGCUACCCUCCAUUUGAUGACUGCGUCCAGCUGAUCAUGCAGUUCCUCGACUCCCUCCCAAAGCCUGCCUGCUUACUUGCACAUAACGGCAACAAGUUUGAUUUUCCCCUCCUCACCGCCGAACUCAAACGGCUAGGCGUCGGCUUGGAAAUCUCGUGCUGCGACACAUUGCCGGCCCUCAAGCACGUCAUAUCGUUGGGCACCCACAACAACAACAACAACAAGAGCGUCGAAGAACAGGAACUGGCGGCCCUCGAGAGACUACCCGACGAUUUCUGGACCGCGUUCGACGCGUGUGACAUCUUCGACGAAGGCGCCACCAUGGUCGUAGCGGAAGUCACGCCUUCGAAACACGUGAAGACGCAGCCGUUCAACGCGGGGCCCAGGAAGAAGCCAAAGCCAGACGAGGUCAACAUGAGCCAGGCCAACGGAUUCCGACGUGCUCUGUUUAAAGAUGACGCUAUGCCUAGCGUAGCGGUUGACAAGGUAGAUAGCCAGAACAAUGGCUGUUCCAGCAGACACUUACAGGGCUUGACACCGAAAAAGACGCGUCAGUUGCACAGCCUCGCUGCCAUAUACGACAUGUUUUUUGGGGAGUCGUUACCGAAUGCACACAGUGCCGAUGCAGACUGUUUAGCAUUAGCAAAAGUGUGCAAUUAUGUGAGGGACGCGUUCCUCGACUACAUAGAUGCACAUUACGUGCCACUGCACAACAUAUUGUCAAUGUGGUAAGUGCCAAUGGGGCACAUCUCUCACCCGACGGCAUUUUAAUCUAUACUUGCGUUUUACGUUUUUAUACACAUCCAUCGCGAAUGACUGUAAUGCACUAGUGCAUGGCUAUAAUUUGAUUAUCCUAAUUUUUCAAUAUGUUACGGAAGUAUAUUCCGAUUUUAUUAUGUGCACAAGUUUGUUUUAGCCAACGAUUUUAUGCUUCCUUUAUAAGCGAUAUUAGUGUUUACAACCGGAAUGUAUUUAAAAAAUGAAUUUUAUUGUGUCAUACACUACAUUUAUUGAUAUGUAUGUUUUGUUGAAAUCUUUCAUCGCAGACAAAAAAAAACACACAUUUGUGAAAUAAAGAAGCACAUAUGUACGUGCAGUACUUUUGUAGGA